UGGAGAACUUAAAGACAUGUUGAGGAGGUCAUUUAGUCAUUUAAAUCAGCGGACAUGUCUAAAACCUGCAGGACGUUGAGGCCUGGAGUUCCCCACCCCUGCUCUAGAUUGUGUCUGCAGCAGGAACGUAGCAGAAUGAUUUUGGGCUUUUUUCAUUAUGUCUAAUGAGGACAGUUUCACCUGUUCUCAUUUAUGUGACCUGCUGGAACAUGCCAACAUCAGUGAGGUGAAGUGAGUUUAGUUUGUGGAUGGGAUUAUGAUCCGUCUCAUGGACGCUGUUUCCAUCACAGUGUUACUGAGUCCACAGAGCAACAAACUCCACAAAUGCUCCUUUUUUUGUCACUUGUUUUAUCAGAUGACAUUAAAAGUGGUGAAAUGAGGCAAUUUCUGCACUGAAUCCAAAGAGGCCACAAAGGUGGAGCGGGCAUGUGGUGAUGAUGUGAGCUGAUCAUCAUUUCCUGUUUGGAGACAUGAAUCAUCUGAAAUGUGAAGGUUCAUCUCCAGGCUCUUUGUGAAGGGUCUGGAUUUUCCAACAUCUGAGUUUCAAUGGUUCAGGUAGACUGAGCGGGUCGGGCUUAACACAGUCGAAAGGUUCCAUGUGUCUCUGAGUUUUAGUAUCCUCAUCAGUAACUACAAACAAAAUAAAUACAGUCAUGUUUAUUAAAAUAAAACAAGUUCAAUGUCCCAGGUCAGGUUCUCCUUUCAGGUGUUACUAAUCCAAUCCAAUGUAACUUUGACAUGAAUAUAGUUUGAUUUCAGCGACUGAGUUAUUUAAACAGUUUCAUUUGAAUGUCCUGUGUUUUUAUAGCCUUUUUCCCUGCAGUAACCACACAGUAACUGUACUUUUACUGCAGUACUUUGAAGUACAUGUCAGGUAGUUCAGUCUGAGUACAUAAAAUAAACAAAACCAUAAAGAUAUAUAUUUUUUUAAAAAGGUCUUCCCUUCAAUCAGUGGACGCUGCGAUGCACGCGGUGAGGCAGCAGGGGGCGCCAAUGAGCCGGUGUUUUUGAACACUUCCGGUACAAAAGAAGCGGCUGUGAGACAGACAGUAGCUAACGUUAGCCUCUGCAGUACGUUUAUUCGACUUAAUUAUGUUUUUUUACUCUACUAAAAUGUUUGAGGCCGGAAAUCUGUCGCUGACACACACGCUAGCUUCACGCUAACGGUAGGAACCACAGUGACGAAGAGAGAGGUGCUAACGGCUAAAAGUAAACUGCUAAGAGGAGCAGUGACGGUGACAGCGGAAGCUAACAGUUUAUUGCUAACAGUGCAGGUACCUGAGCUGUUUCUCUGGUCUCCAUCCUCGCCUGUGCCGUGAAGGUGAAUCAUUAAGUCAGAGAUGAGCAGCUCUGUUCAGAGGAAGAGGCGGAGCACACAAAGUCCUCCGGUUUCUAGACACAACGCCAAGAGCGGGAGAGCUGCGAGUACCAGGAGGACGGCGAACGCCGACAGUGAUCCCACCCCCCCAACAGAGACCAUUGAUGUGAUGGACGGUGAGGAGGAGGUGGUUGUGGAUCUCACCUGUGAGAGUGGAGCAGAAGCUGCUGCUGUGGUCGACCUGACUACCAACAGUGACUCUGUGCUGCUGGUGGAUGAGGGUCCUCAGAACUGGAGACCACCUGUACAGAGUUAUCUUGUUAGCAGCGAUGAAGAUGAAGACACACCCCCCGUCCUCAGUGCCACCCUCCUGCCACCGACAAACACCUCCAGGUCAACUCCAGGGACAAUCAGCUGUCCUGUGUGUCUGGAUGGAUACUCAGAGAUUGUUGGGAGCGGCCGAUUGGUCGUGUCCACCCGUUGUGGUCACGUGUUCUGUAGUCAGUGUUUGAGAGACUCUCUGACAUCAUCACACACUUGUCCCACCUGCAGGAAGAGACUUACUCACCGCCAGUACCACCCCUUGUACAUCUGACAUCACUCUGAGACCACAGCUGAGUCCUGCUGCCAUUGGACCACAGGCCAUGAUGUUGAUGUUAUUUGCUGCUGAAUUGUAUUUUUUUUUUUUUUCUUUUUUGUGUGUGCGCCUCUGUUUGGACAUUAAAGUGUUGAGUCAUAGCUGGUAAACAUGGAUUAAUGAUUCAUCUGUGUUGAUUUGUUUGUUAAAGCUGAAAUAAAUUUUGAUUUGUUUCACUCAUUGAUCAGCUGAUGGAUCUACAACGUUAUGGCAGUAAUGUGGAGAAUAAUACUGCACAAUGUACUUUCUGUAAUCAGAGUACAGGAAGUACUCGUACUCACACACACACACA